GCGCAGAGAAAGAACAUGCUGAAGGGCUGAUCGGAGCCUUCACACACGCGCAGGUGGUAUCCGUUAAUAUCCGACCGAAGACCCGUGAAGUGAAGCGGCCGAGUCAUGAAGAACGAAGGCAUUGAGGGGAUGGAGAGGUUCGAGAGCCCGGGCAAAGGCAGAGGCCUGCGGGCGCUGAGGCACUUCGCGGUGGGGGAGCUGGUGUUCGCCUGCCCCGCGUACUCCUCCGUGUUGACGGUAAACGAGAGAGGAGCGCACUGUGAGCACUGCUUCACCAGAAGAGAAGACCUUUUUAAGUGUGGUAAAUGUAAGCAGGCGUACUACUGCAAUGUGGACUGUCAGAGAGGUGAUUGGCCAAUGCACAAGCUGGAGUGUGUAUCCAUGUGUGCCUUAGGGGAGAACUGGUGUCCAUCAGAGACGGUCAGACUGGUGGCCAGAAUCAUCAUGAAACAGAGAGUCACGACAGAGCGCACCCAGUCAGAGAGGCUGCUCCUGCUCACAGAGUUUGAAGCUCAUUUAGAUAAGACGGACGGCGAGAAGGAUGAGAUGAACCAGUCGGGCAUCGCAGCGCUGCAUCACUUCUACUCCAGACACAUCAGCGACCUCCCGGACGAUCAGGCUCUCACUGAGCUCUUUGCACAGGUUAACUGCAAUGGUUUUACCAUUGAGGAUGAAGAACUGUCUCAUUUGGGAUCAGCUGUUUUUCCCGAUGUAGCACUGAUGAAUCACAGCUGCAGCCCUAAUGUCAUAGUGACUUAUAAAGGCACAGUGGCUGAAGUCAGAGCUGUUCAAGAAAUAAACCCUGGGGAGGAGAUAUUUAACAGUUACAUUGACCUGCUCUAUCCAACAGAGGACAGGAAAGAGAGGUUGUUAGAGUCGUACUUCUUCGUGUGCCAGUGUACAGAGUGCACCACAAAGUCUAAGGACAAAGCAAAAAUGGCAACCAGGAAGCAAAGCUCUCCACCAAAGCCAGAGGAAAUCCAGUCUAUGCUCCACUACGCCAAGAAUGUCAUCGAGGAGUUCAGGAGAGCCAAACACUACAAAACUCCCAGUGAGCUGCUUGAAAUGUGCGAGCUCAGCCUGGAGAAAAUGGGGACUGUAUUUGGGGACACAAAUGUCUACAUGCUGCACAUGAUGUAUCAGGCCAUGGGUGUCUGUCUUUACAUGCAAGACUGGGACGGAGCUAUGAGCUAUGGAGAAAAGAUCGUUCAGCCAUACAGUGUAUACUACCCUGCCUACUCUCUGAAUGUGGCGUCAAUGUAUCUGAAAUUGGGCCGUCUGUAUUUGGGAUUGGAAAAGAAGACGCAAGGAGUGAAAGCUCUAAAGAAGGCGUUGGCCAUCAUGGAGGUUGCUCAUGGGAAAGAUCACCAUUAUGUAGCAGAAGUCAAAAAUGAAAUCGUGGAGCAGAAGUAAAGGCGAUGCAACUAAGAAGCAAAAAGAGACGGAGCUAGAAAAAAGCACCUACAUGAGGGGACCUCUUGAAAAGCAACACCAACAAUCAAAUCAUAUCUGCAUGGCAUCUGCAUGCGUCUUACUUCUUCUGAUUAUUUUUUUUUUUUAACUUUUUGUCCUCUGAAACUGGUUUCAUGUUUCAUCGUCAUUCAUGUCUGCUGUCAAAGUGUCCAUGUCUUGGAUCUGUCACACCUGGACACAAACUGAUUAGGCUUACAUUUAAAAAGUCCAACGUUAUUUGAAAAUAUCGAUGUCUCAUUAAACUCAUUUAACACCAGUGCUGUUUUUCAAAAGAACAGGUCGCAAAAGCAGAAAUUUAAAGCAUCUGAUCUGCUUUUUUGGAGGAAACGAAGCUUCUGUGUGGCCAUUGUCAGAAGUGAAGUUUCCCCUGUUUUUGUCUGAAUAAUUAUCUUUGUGUUUUGUGGACUCAUUGAUGAACCGCAGCAGAGCAUCUGCUUGUGAUCUGAAAGUUUGAGUAGCUGUUUAAAGAGAGGACUUUGUGACAUCCUGGGAGCCAAUGAAAUAUCCAGCAGCACAGUUUUUAGCAUUGUUUUUGUUCAAACUGAAAAAAAAUCUGACUGACCAUGUGUCAGGUUCUCUGUAGCAGUGCAGAAGAGAAUACAAGGAACUUUUUCUCAACGUUU